GUGGUUAAUGUACUCAAUAUUUUCAUUCUCAUUCAUUCAUACUCCCCCUUUCUUCCUAUCUUUUCUCAUCUCACAAAUCUCAUAAUGGCUGUAUCCACCUUCUUCACUGACGACAUUAAGGUUGAUGAUUACGUCUUCCCGUCUGCCGUCAAGGCCCCUGGUUCGGAUAAAUCCUUCUUCCUUGCCGGCGCAGGUGCGAGAGGAUUAGAGAUACAAGGAAAGUUUGUAAAUUUUACAGCAAUAGGAGUGUACUUAGAAAAGUCUGGGAUUUCAGCAUUGGCAAAUAGGUGGAAGGGCAAGACCACUACUCAAUUGCUUGAUUCUGAUGAAUUUUUCAGCGAUAUUGUUACUGGUCCAUUUGAGAAAUUUACUCAAGUGACCAUGAUAUUACCAUUAACUGGACAACAAUAUUCAGAAAAGGUAACAGAGAACUGUGUUGCAUUCUGGAAAGCCAUUGGAAUAUACAGUGAUGAAGAAGCUAAAGCUGUUGAUAAAUUCAUUCAAACCUUUAAGAAUGAAAAUUUUCCACCUGGACACUCUAUUUUGUUUACUCAUUCUCCUCUUCGAUCACUAACGAUAGGAUUUUCCAAGCAUGACAGCAUUCCAGAAGCUGGAAAUGUUGUGAUAGAGAACAAAAAUUUGUCUGAAGCAAUUUUAGAGUCCAUUAUUGGCAAACAUGGCGUUUCUCCUGAAGCAAAACAAAGUUUGGCUGCUAGAAUUUUUUAUUUACUAAAUUCUGAGAAGCUUGACAAGCAGUGAGAUUUAACCCAUCAUUUCAUUAAAAUGUAGGAUGGGAAUUUGGAUUUAUAUUUACUCAUUUGCUUUUACAAAUCUAAUAAAAACUUUUUUUUCAAUUAAUGUUGCAAUUAUUCUGUUGUAAUUAAUUUGAAUCGUUGAUAAACAUUUAUUCCAAAACAACUAAUAGGGUUGUUAAAAGUUCCCUUUGGACCACAUUUUUAAAGGUGAUGCA